CCACUGCUCCUGCCUCCGCCGCGGGAACAACCCGGAAGCGGGCGGCGCUGGAGCCCGAGCCCUUUCCUGCUCGCGCGCGCCAGAGAGGGAGAGAGGCGCGAGCUGGGAAAGGAGCGUCUGCACGGACGGAACCGAACCGGAACCAUGACUCACCAGACCGGCAUCCACGCCACUACGGAAUUGAAGGACUUUUUUGCCAAGGCUCGGAAUGGUUCGAUCCGCCUCAUCAAGAUAGUCAUCAAAGAUGAGCAAUUGGUGCUUGGAGCCUACAAAGAACUUUCUCGGCGGUGGGAUAAGGACUAUGACUCUUUUGUGUUGCCGCUGCUGGAUGAACUGGAACCAUGUUACAUUCUCUACCGCCUGGACACGCAGAAUGCACAGGGCUAUGAGUGGCUUUUUAUUUCCUGGUCUCCUGACAAUUCUCCUGUUAGACUGAAAAUGCUUUAUGCUGCAACCAGAGCAACAGUGAAGAAAGAGUUUGGAGGUGGACACGUAAAAGAUGAACUUUUCGGAACAGUUAAGGAAGAUGUUUCACUUAGUGGUUACCAGAAGCAUGUGUCGUCCUGCUCUGCUCCAGCUCCUCUGACAGCAGCUGAACAAGAGCUUCAGCAGAUCCGUAUCAAUGAGGUCAAGACUGAAAUCAGCGUGGAAAGCAAACACCAGACUCUUCAGGGGCUGGCUUUUCCUUUGCAACCAGAAGCACAGCAGGCAAUUCAGCUCCUCAAGCAGAAGAAAAUCAAUUACAUCCAGCUGAAACUAGACCUGGAACGGGAAACUAUAGAAUUGGUCCAUACAAAUGCCACUGAGAUCGCAGAACUGCCGAAAAGAAUUCCACAGGAUUCUGCCCGUUAUCACUUUUUUCUGUAUAAGCAUUCUCAUGAAGGCGAUUACCUGGAGUCAGUGGUGUUUAUCUACUCGAUGCCUGGUUACAAAUGUAGCAUCAAGGAGCGCAUGCUUUACUCCAGCUGCAAAAGCCGGCUGCUUGACACAGUGGAGCAAGAUUUCUGCCUAGAGAUUGCAAAGAAGAUUGAAAUUGAUGAUGGAGCUGAGCUGACGGCAGAGUUCUUGUAUGAUGAAGUCCACCCCAAGCAACACGCCUUCAAACAAGCCUUUGCCAAGCCCAAGGGGCCUGUGGGGAAAAGGGGACAGAAGCGACUUAUCAAAGGACCAGGCGAGAAUGGCGAAGAAAGUUAAAUCCCAAUGGACAGAAGGACAGGGGUCAGGAAAAUGGGCUGUGAAGUUUCUACCAGCUUCCAGAAUUGCAGCUCCAACCAACCUUGGUUUCUGAGCCUGUCCAUUGAACUCCAGAGCCUUUUCCCCUCCACCUCUUCUUUCAGGGUCCUGUCCAUCUGAUUUCAUGGAGCUGGGGCAAAAUGUGGGGGCAAUGAGGGAUAGCUGCCAUGUCUUCUCUUCCCUUUUGCCCUGUUGUUGUGUAAAUUCUGGGGGAGGGUGUGUAGGAAGGGGAACCCUAAUUGUUCUAGUUUGAAAUUACAUUGUGACCUGGCUUGCUUGGGAUCCUUGCUGCCAUUUUUUAUUUGUCUGAGGAAGUUGCUUACAUGUGAAGAGCAAGAACCAACCACCGCCCACUUUCCUUCCUUCCUUCCUGUAAAUCCCAUACAUAUUAUUUUAUGUCUUGGGUUGCUCCUUCUCAAUCACAGGAAAAAUAGAGGGAAAACAUCACAACAUUAUGCGUGCUCUUCGGUAUCUCACUAUCAUUAAUUCCAUUCCCUUGCUGAGACAGGUUUGUUUGCUCGGAAGCUUAUAUACUUUUGAGACUUAAUUAGAGAGGGUAUGUUCCAGAUAUAAACGUGGCAGCUCUGUUUCUACUCCACCUUCCUCGCACUUUUAAUUGUGUUCUGUUUUGUUUAGCUUGAGCCUGUGGAUUUUCUGGAGAAGGGGCUGCAGUGGGUAGUGGGGUUUAUUCAGAAAGAAAGAAGUGUCUUGUUUGGGUGCAAUAUUGCUGCUCCCUCCCUUGAUGGACUCCUGAGAACUGCACUCAUUUCAUUGGUGAAUUGUCUUAACAUCCCGUUUCAGUGCUUCCUGUCUAGCCUUGUUUAUGGCAAAAUUAUGAGCUACCACCACUGAUUCUUAGAAGGAGCCAAGAUUGCUUGUUAAAGAAGUUGUCCUGUUGUCCCACUUACUCCUUUUUAUAAAGCUAUGCAUUGCAGACCAGUUGGUUAAUUCUGGUGUGAUACCCCUCCUACCCCAUGCUUUGCUUGGAUGGCUCAGUGGUUAGUGCCAUGGUCACACGAGAAGAGAAGACAAGGGGUGCUUAGGAACCAGUGUCAAUCUCUGUCCUGUUGGCAUCUCUUUGACUUAACAAAGAUCAAGGCUCCAGUUGUUUUCACAUCAUCCCUAAUACAUCUUUUUCAUAACCACUUGUAUAGAGAAAGUUGGCUAAUCCAGAAUGGCCCUACCAACUUUCAGCCUGAUAUUCCAUGAACAUCCUGAGAUUUUUGUCUGACUUUACUGAGAAAAUAAGGGCCUGAACAGGCUGUUUGCAAGCUAGGUGGUUCCAAUUAGUGCCUCCAAUGGGGACUUUCUGUGAACACUAUAAAGCCAUCUGGUUCCUUGGCCAACUGAGAUGUUUGCUCAGGUGUCGGUCACUACACACAGCCAUAUUUUCUGUCAUUCCAGCACUGCACUAACGCCAGUGCGUAACGGUACAUAUAUUGUAGCUCUACAAUAGAGCUUUGCCCAGCCAAGGGAGUGCUGGCACUUUCACAGAUCACUGAUCACAGAUUGAGCUGUGUUCCAUGUGGAGUGUACUUUGCCCACAGGGUGGUUCAUUCCCUAAGAUAGAUGUUGUUUACUGGAAAUGGUUGUUGUAAAUCCAUUUCAGGCAGGUGGAAGGAAGAGAGUGGCUUGCACAAUGAGUUCCAAAGUGAGGGGAGCAGUCAGUCAGCUCUGAAGGCAAGCAAAGGAGCAGGCGCUGACCCAAGCUCCCACAAGGCUCUGGCCACAAAUUUGAUUAAUUUAGGAAUACCUGAAAAUCAGUGAGAGAAAUGUGUUAUUUUUAGGAGGUUCAUGCAAUCAAUUGUGUUUGAUUAAAAUUCAACUUCUGACUCAUAGAAGAGCUUCUUAAUUCUUCUUAAUUUUCUGGGGUUUGUUUAAUCUCAUGCAAAAGGGAAAAGGAAAAAAAUCACCCUGAAGUCACAAGCCUUGUUUGAUGGAUAAGAAUCAGUGAAGUAGUGUUAGUUUGAUGACUUAGCAUUUUGGUUUGUCAUUUGCCCUCGCCUCUUUAAAAAAAUUUGUUGUCGCAUGUCUUCAAGUACUUCUACAUUUAUGGAGACUAAAUCAGGGGGUUUCAACCUGUGGGUCCCCAGGUGUUUUGGCCUACAACUCCCAGAAAUCCCAGUCAGUUUACCAAUUGUUAGGAUUUCUGGGAGUUGAAGGCCAAAACAUCUGAGGACCCCGCAAGUUGAGAACCACUGCUCUAAAGUGAACUUAUAGCAGGAUUUUCUUGACAGAAUUUGUGCAGAGGUGGUUUGCCCUUACCUUCCUCUAGGGCUGUAGGAGUGUAACUUGUCCAAGGUUGCACAAUGGACCUCCAUGACUGAGAGGGAAUUCGAACCCUAAUUUCCUUGUUCUUCAUCACACUGGCUCUCUUUUAAAAUGUUAGUGCAUUUUGUUUUUUGAAGGCUGCAAUAGAACCAGAUAAUCGAAGUAGCAAAAUGUUGAGGUGGUUUGCCAGUGAAAGAAUCUGUAUUUCCUGUAGCUUGUUCAUCUUUGUAAUGCAAGCAGCAGGGACUUGAAUUGAAGAACAACAGAGGUUGGCGAAUGUAUGGGAGCCAGCAAUAACUUCCAGAAUACUUGGAGACUUGAGGAGUUUCAGUCUUAAAGAAAUAACUUCCAAGAUCGGGUUCAAAGAGUUAUGCAGUAGACCAUUCUAAAAACAAAACAGACAAAUCAGAACAGAACAGAAAUGUAAGUUUCAGCUCUUCUCAGAUUCUGAGAUUGCAUACUCACCCUAUUUUACUAUUUCGAGUGGUUUAUCUUAUAUUUUGGACUUUCUUCACCAUGCUUUUGAAAUGGUUCAGUUCUUGGUUCCAGUAUUUGGUGCAUGGAGAGAACAGAGUACAGUCCAAAUUUGGCUCUAACCAGCAUUAUUCUUGAAUAGAUAAAGUUGAGAUUCAAAUAGGUAUAAUGAAACAAUCUAUGGGCCAUGACAGUAGUGGUGCUGUGUGUUUUAGUUAUUUUUUAACUUAAAGACCUCAUGGUUACAGUAACCUCUAAAAUCUCCUGGUCCAUAUUUUUCUCCCUAUUAACAGGAUUUCUUUGCUCAUUCAAAACAAGGGUGGGAAACUUGGAUUACAACUCCUGUGAUCCCUUAUUGUUUGCUCUGCUGGUUAGGUCUCACGAGGCUUGUAGUCCAGCUACACUUGGCAUGCCAAAGUUUUCCCACUCCUGUUUGUGAGUGUGUCUGUAAUAAUCACUGUUGGUCUGUCCUCUAACAUGGCAAUCUGUUGCUGCAUGUGAAUUAGAUAACAGUACUUUAUUAUCUCCAUCUCACCUUGGAAGCUAAGCAAGGUCAACUUUGAUUAGUGCUUGGAUGGAAGACCACCAAUGGAUACCAAUGCUGUAGGCUAUAUUUCAGAGGAAGGAAGUGGUUAAACCAUUUCUGAGUAUUCCUUGCCUAAGAAAGCCAUAUGAAAUUGAUGGGGUCACUGUCAAUCGAUUGGUACUUGAAGGCACAGACAUAAUCCAAAAGAAAUUGCGUAGGAUACAGACUCUAAACUGUAUCUCUUUUUCAAUUAAGGGUUUGAAUGCUGUCAAACUGGUCUAAAUCAUUUCUUUUUUGUUGUAUGAAAACAGAACAUAAUGUUGGUCUCGUCUUCCCAUGAGUACAUCAACUUCAUGAUCAGUUGUAAUUUAAGGAUCUAUCAAAACUUAAAGUAAGGACAGAGAUGAUGUUUAGCCUCUGCAUCUCAGCACCACCCUUCUUGUUUUCUCCUUUUCUUUUCAGUGACCUGCCGCCAAGAGCCAAAUCUCAGUCUUUCAGAGAGAUUACAGGACUGCUGUUUGUCCUCUCACCAUCUUUUGUUUCCACCUAUAUCUGUGUCCAUCGCUGGUGCCUGCAUUAUGCCUUGCAGAGAAUAUCUGGCUGGUUGCCUUUUGUGGCAGAUCACCCAGAUGCCACCAUUUAAAACCAGCCUUACAGGAUGAAGAUCAGUGGUCUGACAGCUCCAUAAAGACCCCCUUGUCCCCAGGCUACUCUUCCCCAGUCCCCAUCAAAACGGGAAUAGAAAAACCCUCCCUGCUCCCAGUUACUCUGUGGACCACCAGAAACACAUUUGCUGAACAUUAGGAACAGGUCACAAAAACAACAAGGAAUGUUACUUGGAGUGUGGGAGAUCUGAAUAUUCACUGUCUGCCUGUGAAAACAGCUCCCCAUCCUGAAACACUGAUUUUGAUUGUAUUGGAACUGACUAUUAUCUAGCAAUCUAGCAUCACAAUUUUCUCUGCCUAGUACUAAACCAGAAGAGCUGGUCUUUCCCACUCUUAAGUGGUUUGACAUUAUUGUAUUAGGCUGUCCUAAGGUCACAUAAUAUUCUAAGGCUGGGGUGAUUUCUGGAGCAUUCACCAUAUUCAUACUUGGAAUUUACUUGAUCUAGAUGGUUUGAGUUUUAUAUAGAUGACAGGGGCCAUUUUGUAGUAGCCCUCAUGUGGUGUUGCAAGAGCCCUAGGCUUAUAGCGUUGAAUCAAUGGAAUUAUCAAUGAACAAAAUUAGGAAAUUCUUGCACAUCCUCAGAGGAAGCUGUGAUAUGUUUAGUCCAGACAAAGCUCUAGCAGAUUGUAGAUAUUUAGCAGUUGUGUCAGAAAGACUAAUUGACAAGAUGAUAAAAACAAAGAGUCCUUCAUUCUAUCAUUGAGUUUCACUUGCCACCACAAUAAGCAAGACACCGGCUGCACACUAACAGGGUCGUUUUCCACACUAACAGUGUCCCAAAACUUUAAUGAACAGCAGGUUUGGAGAAAGUACAAGAUGCACAUUCCUGACUGGGCUGGAUGACGAUGUGGAUUUGGUGAUUAUGUGAAAGGCAGGGCACACUGUACUGAAUGCUGUAUUUUCUAAAAAAUAAAAUAUUUUUAAAGCAA